GGGGGUAUCACAGGAGAAAGUUGCAGCGGCGGCGGCCACCGCGGCACCCCAGAGCCUCGGAGGCCAGGGGCAAGUGGGCGAAGGGAGGGGGGACGGCUGCUGCGGCAGCAGCUGAAGGCCGAGGAAUUGAAAGGGCUGUAGGGGGAGGCAGUGCGAGCCAGCCCCGGCUGCUCCUCCUCUUCCUCCUCCUCCUCCAAACUCGCAGGGCUCAGCCCCAGCGCUCGCUCAGCCGCCGGGAGCACCCGGAGGGACGGGAGGCAGCCGCGCGGCCCCGAGCCGGGCAGGGUCCCCGGCCGCCAUGGAUAGCGACGACGAGAUGGUGGAGGAGGCAGUGGAAGGACACCUGGAUGAUGAUGGACUGCCACAUGGGUUCUGCACGGUCACCUACUCCUCCACUGACAGAUUUGAGGGCAACUUUGUUCAUGGAGAAAAGAACGGACGUGGGAAGUUCUUCUUCUUUGAUGGCAGCACCCUGGAGGGGUAUUACGUGGACGACGCCCUGCAGGGCCAGGGCGUCUACACUUACGAGGACGGAGGAGUUCUGCAGGGCACAUACGUAGACGGGGAGCUGAACGGCCCCGCCCAGGAGUACGACACAGACGGACGACUGAUCUUCAAGGGGCAGUACAAAGACAACAUUCGGCAUGGAGUGUGCUGGAUCUAUUACCCAGACGGAGGCAGCCUUGUAGGGGAUGUCAACGAAGAUGGGGAGAUGACUGGAGAGAAGAUAGCCUACGUGUACCCUGAUGAGAGGACUGCACUUUAUGGGAAAUUCAUUGAUGGAGAGAUGAUCGAAGGAAAACUGGCCACCCUCAUGGCCACUGAAGAAGGGAAGCCUCACUUUGAACUGAUGCCUGGAAGCACCGUGUACCAUUUUGAUAAGUCGACUUCAUCUUGCAUUUCGACCAAUGCGCUUCUUCCAGAUCCUUAUGAGUCGGACCGGGUGUAUGUUGCUGAGUCCCUCAUUUCCAGUGCAGGAGAAGGACUAUUUUCCAAGGUAGCUGUGGGACCUAAUACUGUUAUGGCUUUUUAUAAUGGAGUCCGCAUCACACACCAAGAGGUUGAUAGCAGGGACUGGGCCCUAAAUGGAAACACCCUCUCCCUUGAUGAGGACACAGUCAUUGAUGUGCCUGAACCCUACAACCAUGUAUCCAAGUACUGUGCCUCCUUGGGACACAAGGCGAACCAUUCCUUCACUCCAAACUGCAUCUACGAUAUGUUUGUCCACCCCCGCUUCGGGCCCAUCAAAUGCAUCCGCACCCUGCGAGCAGUGGAGGUCGAUGAGGAGCUCACGGUUGCCUACGGCUAUGACCACACCCCUCCAGGGAAGAGUGCGCCCGAAGCCCCUGAGUGGUACCAGGUGGAGCUGAAGGCCUUCCAGGCCACCCAGCAAAAGUGAAAGGCCUGGCUGCAGAGUCCAGAGACCUGGAAUAGAAACUUGGAUCUAUGCACUACGUUUUCCGACAAUGGGACAACCAGGGACUGCUCAUGCUGUGACAUCACAUCCUCUCACCCCGCGUUAGCAACGACUUUCUCGCAUACUAACUAGGUUUGACUGUAUUACUCAUACCAGAUUUAAAAUUAGCUAGCCUUGCAGCAACAUCUUACUGAGAGGUAUUGUCGAGCACUGACACGGACAGCACCAUGUACUUUGGUGGUUCAAGUCUAAAUCUGUACCACGUUCAGAGAUGCCAAAUGAUUAGACUGAAAAAGGGAAAGGGGUUUUUCCGGUCAUUUUUUUCUUCGGUGGUUUUUCCAUGAUGUUUUUCCUACGGCCAAUGCGGAUUGUGACAUUGCACUGGCAUUUGUGCUGUAUUGGGAGUAGAGAACCACAACAUCUUUAUUCUCUCGAUGUAGUAUAAUUUGCCUUUUAACCUUUGAUCUGUAUCUUGCAAUAGAAUGGCUUUGUUUUUUU